CGGCACCCUGCGGUAUAAAAGCGUGCUGCGCGUGCGCCGAGCCCUCUCGGAUCCCACGGCCUGCCGGCAAGAUGGCGCCGCAGAAAGACAAGAAGCCUAAGAGGUCAACCUGGAAGUUUAAUUUGGACCUUACCCAUCCAGUAGAAGAUGGAAUUUUUGACUCUGGAAAUUUUGAACAGUUUCUUCGAGAGAAGGUUAAAGUCAAUGGGAAAACCGGAAAUCUCGGGAAUGUUGUUCACAUUGAACGCUUCAAAAACAAAAUCACUGUUGUUUCUGAGAAACAGUUCUCCAAAAGGUAUUUGAAGUACCUUACCAAGAAGUAUCUGAAGAAGAAUAAUCUUCGUGAUUGGCUUCGAGUGGUUGCAUCUGACAAGGAGACUUACGAACUUCGCUACUUCCAGAUAAGCCAAGAUGAGGAUGGCUCAGAAUCUGAGGACUAGUUGGCUUCCUGUGUCUGGCAUUGCUUUUUUAGUAAAUGAUAUGUAAAGAAGAAAUGUCUAGACAUACAAUGAAUAAAAAUUAUUGUAUUUAAGAUGCUGUU